AUGUCUGUACAGUUCUUUACUAACAGCCCUCAAUAUAAGGCCUAUCUACUUCUCAGAGGAAAUGGCUCUUGAAGUUAAAUGAGACUGGAUAAAAUAUAUACAUGAAGCAGAGGCUGCUCUACAUGUGUUAAGGCUAAAAUACCAGAAGAGUUUUUGAUCAGCCAGACUUGGUAGCUUGUCAUAAUGAAGAAAAUUAGUCUCAAAACAAUUCGCAAGUCCUUUAACUUAAAUAAAAGCAAAGAAGAAAGUGACUUUGUAGUGGUUCAGCAGCCAUCAUUAAGUGAAUUUGGAAAAGAUGACUCCUUGUUUGGCAGCUGCUAUGGUAAAGAUUUGGCUAGCUGUGAAGUUAACAGUGAAGAUGAAAAAGGUGGCAAAAAUAGAUCAAAAAGUGAAAGCUUAAUGGGUACUUUAAAAAGAAGGCUUUCAGCAAAACAAAAGCAGAAAGGGAAAGGCAGCACGCCAUCUGUAAGCUCUGCUGAUGACGAUACCUUUUCUUCCUCAUCUGCUCCAAUAACCUUUAAAGAUGUGAGAGCUCAAAGACCUCUAAGGUCCACAUCCCUCCGUAACCACCAUUACAGUCCAACACCAUGGCCCCUUCGAUCGACAAACUCAGAAGAGACUUGUAUCAAAAUGGAAGUGAAAGUCAAGGCCUUGGUCCACUCCUCUAACCCAAGCCCAGCACUGAAUGGUGUUCGAAAGGACUUCCAUGACUUGCAGUCAGAUAGUGUGUUUCAAGAACAAAACAAUACAUUAAAAAGUACAGAAUCCCAGAAUGGGGACCUACAUCUUCAUAUUGAUGAACAUGUGCCUGUAGUUAUUGGACUAAUGCCUCAGGACUACAUUCAGUAUACUGUGCCUUUAGAUGAGGGAAUGUAUCCUUUGGAAGGAUCACGUAGUUACUGUCUGGAUAGUUCCUCACCCAUGGAAGUUUCAACUGUUUCCUCUCAAGUGAGCGGAAAUGCUUUUCAUGAAGAUGAGGGUCAGGUGGAUCAAGAUGUAGUUGUUGCUCCAGAUAUCUUUGUGGACCAGGCAGUGAAUGGUUUGUUGAUUGGUACCACAGGAGUCAUGUUGCAAAGCCCAAGAGUUAAUCACAGUGAUGUCCCUCCACUCUCACCAUUGCUACCUCCGAUGCAGAAUAAUCAAAUCCAAAGGAACUUUAAUGGACUGAAUGGCACAGAUGCCCAUGUGGCUGAAAGUAUGCGCUGCCAUUUGAAUUUUGAUCCUAACUCUGCCCCAGGAGUUGGAAGAGUUUAUGACUCUGUACAAAAUAGUGGUCCUAUGGUUGUGACGAGCCUCACAGAGGAACUGAAAAAACUUGCAAAACAAGGAUGGUACUGGGGCCCUAUCACACGUUGGGAGGCAGAGGGAAAACUGGCGAAUGUGCCCGAUGGUUCAUUUCUUGUUCGAGAUAGCUCUGAUGACCGUUAUCUUUUAAGCCUGAGUUUUCGCUCCCAUGGUAAAACUCUUCAUACUAGAAUUGAACAUUCAAAUGGUAGGUUUAGCUUUUAUGAACAACCAGAUGUGGAGGGACAUACUUCUAUUGUUGAUCUAAUUGAACAUUCAAUCAGGGACUCUGAAAAUGGAGCUUUUUGCUAUUCAAGGUCUCGAUUGCCUGGAUCUGCAACUUACCCGGUGAGAUUGACAAACCCAGUAUCUCGGUUUAUGCAGGUGCGUUCCUUACAGUACCUGUGUCGUUUUGUUAUACGUCAGUAUACCAGAAUAGACCUGAUCCAGAAACUGCCUUUGCCAAACAAAAUGAAGGAUUAUUUACAAGAAAAGCACUACUGA